AUGAUCUACCAGCGGAUCCUACUGCAGUGGAGAGGAAGGAAAAAGAAGGGACCAGGCUCACAGGACACGUUCGCACGCAAGCCCGACCCCUCCAAAGGUCUCCGUGGGGCAGGAGAUUCUGUGAGCUGCAAAAUAGCUGAGCAGACCGGGUUUGCAGCAGGAGGGCUGGACCUCAGGCGGUCUCGGCUCCGCACGUCCUUGGCUCUUGGUCCUGUUCGGCGACGUGGCAGCCGCCGUCCAGCCAGGGGGUUGUCAGCUCCGGGAGGCGACCGCGCGGGGUCGGUGCCCGGGGCGCGGCGGAGGUGGCGCGGGUUCCAGGCCUGCGGGGAACCCACGACGUCGCAGAGCGGUCGCCUGGCGUCCACCGGCUUCGGCUGCGGCGUUCCAGUCGAGGGCGAGCGGCGAGCGGAGCCUGCGUCCGCCUGCAGGUGCGGGCGCGGCGGGGCGCUGGGCUGGGCUCUGGGCUGGGCACUGGGCUGGGCGCCGCGCUCUCCCGCAGGCGCGGCCCGGCUCCCGGGUUUGGCCUCCCGGCCCUUCGGUCUGUUCCCGUCUCACGACCGAGCGCCGCUCCCUUCGGCUUCGCCGUUCUCCCCAUGUUCCCAGCGCAGGGCCACUCGCUGCCGUGUGCAAGGCCUGGGAACUCCGUCCUUUGGCUCCUCCUCAGCCCCAGCCCGACCCCGCGCCCUCCCGGCCUUCGCGGACCUGCGACCGGGCUCUGGUGGUUCUCCCGCGGGUGGCGGGCGGUCCCAAGCCGUCUCCAGAGCCCCAUGCGCCUCCUCGGGACCCGGGUUUCGGAAAACCGCUCGCGAUCGGUCCCCUGGCUGGCUUCCCGCGGCUGGUGGACCUUCUUUCCUCCGGGAUCUGUUAAAGGGGAGCGGUGAAGCCAGCGCUUUGCUUAGAGAAGAGUCCCCGGCGCCCGCGAGGCCACAGGAAUGAUAUUUUCACAGGAAGAAGCAGUUGGGGGUCUGACACCUGAUCCGGGCUGAGAGGACACAGGGGGUCCUCCGAUGACUGUUACCUGGGGGACGUUCCCUCUGCACAGGGACACGCUUAGUGCACCUCGCAGUCUUCGUUCAGCCUCCCAUAGCCUCUUCCCAUCCCCACCACCCAGCAGGGGCAAGUCGCGAUUUCUUCCUGAAGUUCAAAAUGCUACAGCUUCAACUAUCUAGCCCUCUUUUGAGACUCAUAUUGUAUGUGUGGCUUCCAUGAUACAGAAUAAAUUUUUUUUUCC